GCAAUUGAGAGGAUUGCGAUAGCUUCAAAAGCAAGCCCUGGAAGAGAAGAGGGCGCCUCCAAUUUCAGCACGCGGUCCCGAAGCCGUCACCCCUCCCAAUCCCUCCGAGGGACCCCCCCAACCGAGCAGAUCCCCUGCCCCUCCACGAAACAUGCCGGCGCCGCUGCUGGCGAGGGCGCCGCCGACGUGCCUCAGCUGUCUCCGCCGGACCCUCAUCGGCGCCGGGGCAGCUGCCGUUGCCGCCGACCCGGCAUCCUCCGUCUCCUCCUUGCCCUCCAGCUCCGCCGCCGCCGGCCUGACCCAGGUCCGGGGCAAGAAGACCAAGGGCCGACAGUAUGACCAGGGCGUGCUCGUGCGGCUGCUCAAGGACAUCAGGCAGUUUGGGCCCAAGAACUCCAUCUUCCUGGCGCCCCGGGGCAGGAUGCGCAACAUGUGGUACCCCUCCCGCAAGGCCGAGUACAUGACGACGGCCCGCUUCGCCGAGCUGGGCCUGACGCGCGACGCCAUCGGCGAGCGCGACCCGCUCUUCGCCAUCGCCAAGAAGCCGGCCGCCCCCGAGGCCGAGCAACAGGCGGCCCAGAACGCCGCCGCCGCCGACGGGCUCAACGAGAAGAAGAAGAAGGCGUCGGUCAGCCCGCUCAUGUCUCCCGAGCCCGAGCAAGCCGCCGUGCUCCUCCAGAGUAUCAUCCCCGAGGUCAUGAUCUUCCGCCGCAGGGUUAUGGCGCCCAAGAAGGAGGAGCCGCCGAAGCCGUACCGCAGCCCGCUGCUGGCCGACGACGCCUCCAUAUCGACCGACUCGGCCGCCGCCGCCGCCGCCGCCGAGGCCGAGCCCGUCACCACACACGCGGCCGGGACCCCCAUCUUCGGCUCCGUCUCGACCGCGGACCUGGCCCAGGUCGUGCGCGAGAUGCUGCUGGGCCACGGCGAGGCCGCCCGCAUCCCCGUCAAGGAGGAGCACUUCCACAUCCAGGGCGUCGUCGACGAGGGGGGGAACGCCGUGCCAGACGCCACCAAGGUCCGCGCCCUCGGCCGCUGGACCGUCUCCAUAUCCAUCCCGCACGAGGGGGUCGCGCCCGCCGUCAAGCCCGUCGUGAAGCACUUUGAGGUCGUCGAGGAGGAGUCCUCGUGAGCGCGCGCGUCUGCUCGUCUGAUGGGGUAGGUAUAGCUGCCGCUGUGUCAGGCGCAAGCGCCGUGUUAUAUAGGUGGCCAAACACAUGUAAAAAUCACAUUGCUCAAAACUGCCAACUGGUUGAUUCAUGUUUGGCACUGCUCCGUGACGUUCCCGACCGCGGCCGGGGCAGUCAUGAGGUCUCCGAAGAUGAUAUUUAUUCUUGCUACUUCAUGAUAUAUGGCAACACGCGCAAGCCAGACAAAGGAGACCAUUAGACAAAUAAAACACCGCUCUGUUAACCAGCGCGGUCUAUAUCGCCACCUGCCCAAGCGAGGCAGCGAGGGAUGGCAGCGAGAAAAAAGAUGCACGAUGGAAGGGAGAAAAGGGGACAAAAAAAGAAAACGUCCAACUAAAGAAAGACAGAAAAAUAAACAAGCAACCAAAGACGCCCGAUAACCCCACAACAAGAGAUAUGCCC